AUGAACGGGAUGGAGUGCGCGGCGAAAGGUAGCGGAGCACGGUGCGGCGGUGCCGCUGAGCGACUCUGCGCUCGCUGCGAAGCCGUCGCUUAUUGCUCUCUCUCUCACCAGAUUGCACACUGGAGUCGUCACAAACACGAGUGUGAUAGGUUGCAACAACAGAUGAAGAGUGUCGAAGUCCUCAAUGAUUUUCCCUUCACUUUCUCUCGCGAAGCCACGUUUCAGGUUUGUGUGAAGCAGGAAACUAGGUGUUCGUUUUUGAGCAACAGAGGUCUUCAUAAAGUGGGAAUGUGGAUUCAUGAAUGCGGUUGUGGGGCACCAUCUGCUUCAUUUGAUUGUUUAGGGUUAAAUAAUGGUUGGGAUCUCCCAAGUGUUUUAUGUCCGUGUGGGCCUAACUCUCUGGUAUUAGAGCAGUUGCAUAGUUGGAGAGACUACUAUAAGUGGAGAAGCAUCCCACUAGACUCGCCUGUUGCUUUGCUUCUUCACUGGCCACUUACAAUAUAUCAUGCUGCUCGUCUUGUUGGGAUUACAGCCUUGAAUCCUGAAAUCAAUGAAAAGUUGUACGUACAUUACCUUGGACCCGAGAAAGAGCUGCUACAACUUGCGGUGUUUGGAGAAUUACUGGCAAUCUUUCCUGGUGUACAUAUUCAUAUAGAUCUUGUUGGACCUGCAAUUCCUCCUCAAAGGGAUGGUGAAAAAGUUCACAUUUCCAAGUAUGCUUGUUGCAAUGAAGACGAGUGUGAGUGUAAAAUAGCAAUUAAAAAUACUGUUUUUGGAACACAGUCCGGUUCAGCUGUGACAUUGCAGCUUUGGCAAGGAUUCUAUCAUGACCGAUAUGGAGAUAUUGUUAAGGAUUCCUUCCCUCACCUAAUAAUUGCUCCAAAUGGUGGCAUUGCCGCGUAUUCCAGUUGGUUACCAAGUAUUGAUUUAAUUGAAACGAUUGAUGUCCCGGCUGUUUUUACUGAUUAUUGUGAGGAAGCAUGUCAUCUUGCAGCAAGUUGCAUUAAGACUGUAUCUGGCCGUCCUCUUAAAUUGCCCGUUCAGUUAAAUCCUUUCAGGCAGCCCAUAGCCGUGGAAGACAGCGUGCUGUUACUUCCCUGCUACUCGAAUUGCUUUCUUUUUGGAAUAUCCACUCUAGAUUCACCAAGAGAGUUAGAUAAAACAAUUGUCAUAAUAGAUUUUGAAAGUGCUUUAUUAAAUCAACCAUCAACUGAUACUGACAUUGAUAGGCUUUCAACUAGUGGAGAAACUCGAAUGAAUGAUCAUCUUAUGAUGACUAGAGGAAAAAGUCGAAUCUUCAAACCAAAGUUACCAUUUACUAGUCUUGUUGAGACUGCUGACAGUCUUGAUACAACAAAGCUUCAUAGAGUUGCAACACCUCUAAGUAAUGAUAAUUUGAGGAAAGUAAUGCAAGUUUAG